GAAUUUCAGCUUCAGAUAAUGAACUUAUAACACUUGAAAUUAUUCAUCGAUAUGUUGAAAUUUUAGAUCGAUAUUUUGGCAAUGCAUACUAUGUUUUAGAUGAAUUGAUUAUUGCGGGUGAGAUGCAAGAAUCAAGCAAAAAAGCAGUAUUACGUGUAGUUAAUCAACAAGAUUCGUUGGAAGAAGGCGAAAAUGGAGAGAAAGGAUGGCCAGAAAAAUCAUAA